UCCAACGUGCAGAAGUUCGCUCCCGAAGUUACAUUGAGAUGGUCGCUUGCGUAGCAGAAUCAAUGAAGUCCCGAGGAUCAUACAGAUACCCUUGGGGCAGGCCAAUUCCGAGUGCCUGUCCCCACCGUUAGAACUUUAGAUUGCUUAUAUGCAAGGUUCUGUCUUCGUGCAUAUAAGAAGGAGCCCGACUCAUUCCCCUUUCUUCUCUUCUUCUUUCUCUCUCUCUCUGACGUGUUCUGCGAGGGUUACUUGUUUCUAUAAAGUCUACUGUCCCUCUUUCAGCGAGCGUCAUGUUCACCAGAUGGUCCGUCGUGUCCCUGCUUGGGGGUUUGUCCCUCGCUGCAGCUCAGACAUCAUCAGAGAAAUACCCUUCCUUAGAGGAUAUUCUGGCUGCUCAGGCCACUGUUCUCCCCCAUACUCCUGUGUCCAAUGUCCAGGGCCUCGCAUUCAAUCGUUUUGUGAAUAUUUGGCUAGAAAACACUGACUAUGAUGCUGCUGCAAAUGACCCCCAUAUUUCCAAGCUUGCCGAAAAGGGCGUUGUCCUCAGCAACUACUGGGCAGUCACACAUCCAUCGGAGCCGAACUACUGCGCUUCCGCCGGAGGUGACACCUUCGGUAUGGACAACGAUAAGUUCAAUCAAGUUCCCGCCAAUAUCUCCACCAUCGCGGAUAUCUUCGACGUGAAGAAUAUCGCGUGGGGCGAGUACCAAGAACACAUGCCCUAUCCCGGCUACCAAGGAAAUAACUUUUCCAAUCAGGAGACUCGUGCGAACGACUACGUGCGGAAGCAUAACCCCUUAGUAUUUUACAACUCCGUAACCAAGGAUGCCACCCGCCUGCGCCAAAUCAAGAACUUCACAACUUUCUAUGAUGACCUGAAGAACCAGCGUCUACCCCAGUACAGCUUUGUCACCCCGAACAUGACCAACGAUGCACAUGACACCGACAUCACCUUUGCUGGAGCUUGGACCUGGCGUUUCCUCUCGGAGCUUCUGGAAGAUGAGUACUUCACUAAGGACACUCUCAUCAUGUUGACCUUCGACGAGAAUGAUACCUAUGAGAUUGGCAACCAUAUUUAUAGCGUCAUUGUUGGAGGUGCUGUGCCAGAGAAUCUUCGGGGCAAGAAGGAUGACACUUUCUACACCCACUACUCCAUAAUUGCGUCCCUUUCCGCCAAUUGGGGUCUCCCCUCUCUGGGUCGCUGGGAUUGCGGAGCCAACCUGCUCAGCUUUUUGGCAGAAAAGACCGGGUACGUAAAUUGGGAAGUUGAGACCGGCGAUCUACUACUUAAUGAGACUCAUCCUGGUCCGCUUUCUUCUGGGCACUACAACACUUUCACGCCAGAGUGGCCUGCUCCAUUGACAGAGGGCAGCUGCUCCGCCGGUCAUGGCAUCUUGCCCAUUGUCCAGCAAACUUGGAAGGAUAUCGAUGCAACAUUCAACUACAACAGCCCAAUUCCGUAUGACUCUGUUAGUGGGAACAAUGUUGGCAUCAAGUAUAGCCGGAAGUUGAAGAACGGAGAUAUUCAGACUGGCAUAACUGAGUAGAUACCUUAGUUUGGGGAACCCGAUUCAUCCAGUCGUUUGGAGACAAGGGGGUAUAUCGGAUUCGCUACGUACCUAACGGCAAAACUAUCGUUAUUGCCGUUCGGAUACUCUUGUGUAAAGCUAGUCUUUGGUCCUAUCAUGUAUGGUUGGGCAACCCUCGUAUAUAUGUGCCCUUGAUUACUCACUUAUAUUUUCUAUUGGUAUAGCGGUGACUUGCACUGAAGACAUAUCGAAAGGCAAAUGUCGCAUGAAAAGCUAGAUGAUAGGGUAUAUACUCUAGUAAAACCAUCAGUUCAAUCCAGGGAUUGAAAGCACUGCUGUAAC